AUGACGCCUUCGGUGGAUGCAUCGCUCUCUCUGGUUCAGGGGCCUGCUUCGCCGCCUCUUAUCCUUAAGCCGCUUGGUUCAAUCAUUGAAGAACAGUCGAAAAAGUAUGGGGACCGCCCUGCCGUCAUUGUCCCGUGGCAGUCUACACGGCUCACUUAUCGGGAGCUCGCAGACCGCAGCAAAGUUAUAGCCAAAGCAAUCCUUGAGGUUGGACUCCAUCACGGAGACCGUGUGGGAAUCAUUGCGGGGAAUUGCUAUCAGUAUAUUGAGCUUUUUCUUGGGGCUGCUCGCAUUGGAUGCCCCUACGUAGUUUUCAACAAUACGUACUCGCCCGACGAGUUGAAAAAUGCCGUGUUAGCCAGUGGGACAAAGUCGCUGUCGCCGCACCUAGAAAGUCUCUUGAGUCUUGACAAAGGACAGUCUCCGCUCAAACAAAUUGUCUACCUGCAAAAGUUCGAACAAGCUCCUCAGGGUAGCAUGCUUGAAUCUUACAGUUUCUUCUUCAACCGCGGACAGUCAAUUUUCAUGAACGACUCCGUCUUGAGACGAGCAGCACGCAAGGUUCGCCCUUCGGAUGUACUGAACCUCCAGUUUACUUCCGGAACCACGGGUCGCCCGAAGGCCGCUACUCUAACUCAUAUCAACUUGGUGAAUGAUGCUCAAUUUGUGGGGGACGCCAUGCGACUGACCGAGGCAGACGUUGUGUGCUGCCCCCCACCUCUGUUCCACUGCUUCGGGCUCAUCAUGGGGUUCCUUGCUUCAUUCUGCCACGGCAGUUCCAUCGUGUUUGCCUCUGAUAAUUUCAAUGCAGAGGCAACACUAUCCGCUGUGUUGAACGAGAAGGCGACGGCCCUUCUUGGAGUUUCAAGCAUGUUUCUUGCCGAGUUGGAGGCGCUCCAGCAGUCAGGCUCUCCAAUCAGCACCCUGCGGACAGGUCUCAUCGCAGGCUCUCCUGUGCCAGCCGCUUUGAUGACCGCUAUUCGCGAAAGGAUGCACGUUGAGGGCAUUCUGAUCGCUUAUGGGAUGACAGAGACCAGCCCAGUUACAUUUAUCACGUCCCUUGAGGAUGCUCAUGAGAAGAGAAAUGCGUCCGUGGGCAAGGCCCUUCCACAUACUGCGGCCAAAGUGGUAGAUGCUCAAGGAGCCAUUGUGCCACAUGGAACUCGAGGAGAACUAUGCACCAGUGGUUUCGCAUUGCAGAAGGGUUACUGGAAAGAUCAAGAAAAGACGAAAGAAGUGAUGAAGGUCGACGACAAUGGAGUGGUUUGGAUGCACACAGGCGACGAGGGCUUGAUCGACGCUGAUGGCUAUGCUCACAUCACAGGACGCAUCAAGGACUUGAUUAUUCGUGGUGGCGAGAACAUCUCUCCGACUGAGAUCGAGGAUCGAUUGCUCAGCCACCCCGCUAUUUCAGAGGCUUGUGUCGUUGGCCUCCAGGACAAAAGAUAUGGCGAGGUGGUCGCGAGCUUUCUGCAGACGGCGAACGGCACUGUGAAGCUGACUGAUUCGGAAGUCAAGGAUUGGGUUACGGAGAAGUUGGGACGGCACAAGGCCCCUGAGCAUGUGUUUUGGAUUGGUCACCCUGAUGUUGGAACUAGUCUGCCUAAGACUGGGAGUGGAAAGUAUCAGAAGCAUCUCAUACGAGAUUUGGGAGACGCGCUGCUUAACAAGUCAGCAAGGAAGGCAAAGUUAUAG